AUGUCUAAUAAAAGGAUUCCUAACGUUUUAGUCUUAGGAACUCCUGGCUGCGGCAAGACUACACUAUGCCAAAAAGUCCUAGAAAAACUAGGGGAGGUAUCCCAGAAGGAUUCUUCAAAAGACUUAAAUAUUACACAUCUUAAUAUCGCAGACCUUAUAAGGGACAAGAAACUGUACAGCGAGUGGGACAACGAGAUGGACUGCUCAGUGUACGACGAGGAGUUAUUAGAUCAGGAGCUGCAAAAAGUCGACUUUGCAAGGGGCGGCCUCCUCAUAGAGUUCCACAGCUCAGAGUUCUUUGAAGAUGGCGACUUUGACAGGGUAUACGUCCUUUUGACUGAAAUCGACGUCCUGAGAAAGAGGCUGGAAGAUCGGAAAUACUCCGAGAAUAAGAUAAAGGAAAACGUCCAGUGCGAAAUAUUUCAAACGUGUUUGUUCGAUUCGUACGAGGUGUUUGACCGGGGCAAGGUGGAGAGGCUGGACUCGAACACCGAGGAGGACCUGGAAAACAACGCACAGCUGCUUGUAAAUUAUUUUUGUAACACCUAA